AUGCAUCACUAGCCCUCUGGUGGUCGGUUACGUAAACGUUUUUGUGACAAACCAUGGCUGCUCCGUUUGCUAGGAUUUUCUCUAAGUCCCUCAGACAGAUCCCUCGAUCAUGGGGAUCAUGCCAGACUGGAUUGAGGAGCAGGUCCACCAGAUCUCUCCCUGUUGUGGGUUCAGAUCAGACAGGUGGAGUGGUUCCUUUUCCUCCCCUUCAGACAUAUUCAGAGGAGGAGAGUAUGAUGAAGGAUGCAGUAAAGAAGUACGCACAAGAGCGCAUUGCACCCUUUGUGUCAAAGAUGGACGAAAAUUCUGCCAUGGACGAAGAAGUGAUCCGAUCCCUUUUCGAGCAGGGUUUAAUGGGAAUUGAGAUUGACCCAGAAUAUGGAGGGACUGGCUCCACAUUCUUUGCCUCAAUCCUGGUCAUUGAAGAGCUGGCUAAAGUGGAUCCCUCUGUGGCUGUUCUCUGUGACAUCCAAAACACACUGAUCAACGUUCUGUUCACAAAACUCGGUACCCCAGCCCAAAAGGAGAAGUACCUGAGCCACCUGUCUACUGACAUGGUGAGUUACUUUGAUAACCAACAAUCCACCACUGUGAAUCUACAUUAG